AUGCUGCGAGCCAAGGAUCUCGUCUGCACUUUGUUUUUCCUGGGAACCGCAGUUUCUCUGCAGGUGGAUAUCGUUCCCAGCCAAGGGGAGAUCAGCGUUGGAGAGUCCAAAUUCUUCUUGUGCCAAGUGGCAGGAGAUGCCAAAGACAAGGAUAUCUCCUGGUUCUCCCCCAAUGGAGAGAAGCUCAGCCCAAACCAGCAGCGGAUCUCGGUGGUGUGGAAUGACGACUCCUCUUCCACCCUCACCAUCUACAACGCCAACAUCGACGAUGCAGGCAUCUACAAGUGUGUGGUCACGGGCGAAGAUGGCAGCGAGUCUGAGGCCACUGUCAAUGUGAAGAUCUUCCAGAAGCUCAUGUUCAAGAACGCACCAACCCCACAGGAGUUCAGAGAGGGAGAGGAUGCCGUGAUCGUGUGUGACGUGGUCAGCUCUCUACCCCCAACCAUCAUCUGGAAACACAAAGGCCGAGAUGUGAUCCUGAAGAAAGAUGUCCGAUUCAUAGUCCUGUCCAACAACUACCUGCAGAUCCGGGGUAUCAAGAAAACGGACGAGGGCACUUAUCGCUGUGAGGGCAGGAUCCUGGCACGGGGGGAGAUCAACUUCAAGGACAUUCAGGUUAUUGUGAAUGUGCCACCCACUGUCCAUGCCAGGCAGAGCAUUGUGAAUGCCACCGCCAAUCUGGGCCAAUCGGUCACCCUGGGGUGUGAUGCAGACGGCUUCCCAGAACCCACGAUGAGCUGGACAAAGGAUGGGGAACUGAUAGAGAAUGAGGAGGACGAAGAGAAGUACAUCUUCAGUGACGACAGUACCGAGCUGACCAUCAGGAAGGUGGAUAAGAAUGAUGAGGCUGAGUAUGUCUGCAUUGCUGAAAACAAGGCUGGCGAGCAGGAUGCAUCCAUCCACCUCAAAGUCUUUGCAAAACCCAAAAUCACAUAUGUAGAGAACCAGACUGCCAUGGAACUGGAGGAGCAGGUGACUCUCACCUGUGAAGCCUCCGGAGACCCCAUUCCCUCCAUCACCUGGAGGACUUCCACCCGAAACAUCAGCAGCGAAGAAAAGACUCUGGACGGGCACAUGGUGGUGCGCAGCCACGCCCGCGUGUCAUCCCUGACCCUAAAGAGCAUCCAGUACACGGACGCCGGCGAGUACAUCUGCACGGCCAGCAAUACCAUCGGCCAGGACUCGCAGUCCAUGUACCUCGAAGUGCAAUAUGCCCCCAAGCUACAGGGUCCUGUGGCAGUGUACACAUGGGAGGGGAACCAGGUGAACAUCACCUGCGAGGUCUUUGCUUACCCCAGUGCUACGAUCUCCUGGUUCCGAGAUGGUCAGUUACUGCCGAGCUCCAACUAUAGCAAUAUCAAGAUCUACAACACCCCCUCAGCCAGCUAUCUGGAGGUGACCCCAGACUCUGAAAAUGAUUUUGGAAACUACAACUGUACUGCAGUGAACCGCAUUGGACAGGAAUCCUUAGAAUUCAUCCUUGUUCAAGCAGACACCCCAUCUUCACCCUCCAUCGAUGGAGUGGAACCAUACUCCAGUACAGCACAGGUGCAGUUUGAUGAGCCAGAGGCCACGGGUGGAGUCCCCAUCCUCAAAUACAAGGCUGAGUGGAGAGCGCUGGGUGAAGAAGUGUGGCACUUCAAGUGGUACGAUGCCAAGGAAGCCAACAUGGAGGGUGUUGUCACCAUCGUGGGCCUGAAGCCUGAGACAUCCUACGCUGUGCGAUUGGCAGCCCUCAACGGCAAGGGGCUGGGUGAGAUCAGCACAGCCUCUGAGUUCAAGACACAGCCAGUCCGGGAACCCAGUGCACCAAAGCUCGAAGGGCAGAUGGGCGAGGACGGGAACUCCAUAAAGGUGAACCUGAUCAAGCAGGAUGAUGGUGGCUCUCCCAUCAGGCACUACCUCGUCAAGUACCGAGCGAAGCUCUCCUCCGAAUGGAAACCAGAGAUCCGGCUCCCCUCUGGCAGUGACCACAUCAUGCUCAAGGCCCUCGAAUGGAAUGCUGAGUAUGAAGUCUAUGUGGUGGCCGAGAACCAGCAAGGAAAAUCCAAGGCGGCUCACUUUGUGUUCAGGACCUCGGCACAGCCCACGGCCAUCCCAGCCAACGGCAGCCCCACCUCAGGCCUGAGCACCGGGGCCAUCGUGGGCAUCCUCAUCGUCAUCUUUGUCCUGCUCCUGGUCGUGGUGGACAUUACCUGCUACUUCCUGAACAAGUGUGGCCUGCUCAUGUGCAUUGCCGUCAACCUGUGCGGAAAGGCCGGACCUGGGGCCAAGGGCAAGGACAUGGAGGAGGGCAAGGCCGCCUUCUCGAAAGAUGAAUCCAAGGAGCCCAUCGUGGAAGUUCGAACGGAAGAGGAGCGGACCCCAAACCACGACGGGGGGAAGCACACAGAGCCCAAUGAGACCACGCCACUGACAGAGCCUGAGCUGCCUGCCGACACCACAGCCACUGUCGAGGACAUGCUGCCUUCUGUCACCACCGUCACCACUAACUCUGAUACUAUCACCGAAACCUUUGCCACUGCUCAGAACAGCCCCACCAGUGAGACCACCACCCUCACUUCCAGUAUUGCCCCUCCGGCCACUGCCACGCUGGACUCCAAUUCUGUGCCCGCUGGCCAGGCCACCCCUUCCAAGGGGUCUGGGGUUGCUGCCUCCUCCCCUCCCCCAGCCUCAGCCCCCAAGAUCGCCCCCCUCGUUGACCUAAGCGAUACCCCCACCUCAGCCCCGGCCGCUAGCAAUUUGUCCUCUAGUGUCCUGGCCAAUCAAGGAGCCGUCCUCAGCCCGAGCGCCCCGCCCAGUGUCGGGGAGGCCCCCAAGACCCCCCCCACCAGCAAGCCCAGCCCUCCCCCAACCUCCGCCCCAACCGGGACAGCCAGUCCCGUAGCAUCUGCCCCGGCCACAGAAGCCCCCCAGGCCAAGCAGGAGACCCCCAGCACCAAAGGCCCGGACCCAGAGCCCACCCAGCCCAACACCGCGAAGAACCCACCCAAGGCCUCCCCAGCCUCCGCUAGCCCGAAGAGCGAGGCUGCCUCCGUCACCGCCACAAACCCUUCCCAGGGCGAGGACUUAAAAAUGGACGAAGGGAACUUCAAGACCCCAGAUAUUGACCUUGCAAAGGAUGUUUUUGCAGCCCUGGGCUCUCCUGCUCCCGCCGCUGGGGCCAGUGGACAAGCCCCUGAGCUUGUAUCUUCCACUGCCGAGAGCUCGGUUCCACCGGCACCAGCCAAGAUCGAGAAGGGCCCAGUAGAAGCAAAGUCGGAAAGCCAGGAGUCAGAAGCGAAGCCAGCGCCAGCCGAAGCCAAGACGGUCCCCAAUGACACCACACAAACAAAGGAAAAUGAAAGCAAAGCGUGAUUGGUGCCAGGAAAAGUGACACAGCGGCUUCACCAGAGCGUUUCCCAAUGUCUCACACACAUACACACACACACACACACAUGCGUGUGCACAUGCGCGCACACACACACACAAAC